AUGCAGAGGAAGCACAACUCGAUCUGGGUCUUCGUCGAUAGGUUGACAAAGGCUGCCCGAUUUCUCCCAAUUCGCACGAUAAAUUCUACCGAUAGUUUGGUGAAGUUAUACAUCCGGGAAGUCGUGCGAUCCUACGGAGUUCCACGAGAGAAUAUAUCAGAUCGAGAUUCCAAGUUUACUUCUGCCUUUUGGAAGAGGUUGCAGGAAGAGAUGGGCACAGAGCUUAAGUUCAGCACGACAUUCCAUCCUCAGACAGACGGACAAACUGAGAGGGUAAUUCAGAUUUUGGAGGAUAUGCUGAGAGCACGCGUUCUGGACUUUCAAGGUGCCGCCUAUGAAGGGUUUGAUGAGGUUCAGACAGAAAGAGAAGCUAGCACCUCGUUUCAUUGGACCUUUCGAGAUUUUAGAUCGCAUGGGAGCCAUAGCCUAUCACCUUGUGCUACCUACUACACCGGAUGGAUUUACAACGCCUUUCACGUGUCCAUGUUGAAGAAAUACACGCCAGAUGAGUCGCACAUCGUUAGCUGGGAGCAGAUUGAGCUUACAGACGUCGCCUCUUACACCGAGGAACCUAUCCGCAUCUUGGACCAUAAGGAGCAGGUCCUAUGGACAAAGAUUAUACCAUUAGUCAAGGUUCUUUGGUCCCAUCAUGGAGAAGAAGAGGCGACAUGGGAACGAGAAGCUGAGUUUAAGGAGAAAUACCCUCACUUGUUCAAUAGCACACCAUAG